AUGAGAUCUUGUAAGACAAAUUUUCCCUUUUCCCUAGGUUUGUCGCUUGCCAUCUUCUAUGCUGUUGAAUCGAACCGCUAUGCAGAACAGCUAUACGAAGAUUUGCUAUAUUACUAUAAUAAGAAUGUGCGACCGGUCAAGAAUGCCAGUGAAAGCAUCAAAGUUAAAUUUGGUGCUUCGCUUAUACGAAUAAUUGAUGUGGAUGAGGUGAAUCAGGUGCUAACAACCAAUUUAUGGCUGGAGAUGCAAUGGUUCGAUUAUAAAUUGUCUUGGGAUCCAGCACGAUGGGGUGGUAUCAGAAAACUACACAUACCUUCGGAUCAAAUCUGGAUCCCAGACAUUUUACUUUACAACAACGCCGAUGGAGAGCCUCACAUCAGCAUUCUGAGUGACGCCCUGGUUUACCAUAAUGGUUUGAUAGUGUGGAAACCACCAAGCAUCUACAAAUCUUUUUGUCCCAUCAACAUCGAAUAUUUUCCUUAUGAUUCGCAAUCCUGUACGCUGAAGUUUGGAGGAUGGAGCUACAAUGGUUUCCUUCUCGAUGUUCGACAGCUACCAUCUGCUGGAUCUCCAAUCAUAAAUCGGCAGGACGAAAGUGGAAAAGAAUACCAAUAUCUAGAGAUAGGCAUGGAUCUCUCUGGAUUUUAUCAGUAA